CACGCACCCACACACACAUACACCCCCACGAGCUGAAAAAGACACCCAUUCACCCAGGACACUUUGCAAACGCUCUCCAUCAUGUGAACCAGUCCAAUGGCUUCACUGAAGGAACCAAUCACGUUGCGUAAUACUGCGCACGCAACCACGCACAGAGAAGGAGCGAGAGCUGAGAGCUCGUGUAGCGGGAGCACGAACGAAGGAGAAGGAGAGAACAAGGAAAGGAAAGAACAAUGGGAGUAGACAUUGAGACCAUAACACCAGGGGACGGGCGAAGUUUCCCGAAGGCAGGACAUGUUGUUACUGUGCACUACGUUGGCACGCUGACAGAUGGGAGCAAGUUUGACUCAUCCAGGGACCGAGGAAAGCCCUUCCAGUUCAACAUUGGAAAGGGUGAAGUCAUCCGUGCUUGGGAUGAAGGUGUAGCCAAGAUGAGCGUUGGACAGAGGGCCAGGUUGACCUGCACGCCUGACUUUGCGUAUGGCGCCCGUGGAUACCCACCUGUCAUCCCACCAAAUGCCACCCUCAUUUUUGAUGUGGAGCUGCUGAGUUGUUGAGGUUAAAGGUCGCUCCUCAGAGUUUGUCAUUCCACCAACAUCUCUGACACAAAUAACUUGAGUUAAAGGUGCUGUCAGUGGCAUUUCUAAACAUGAAUAAGUCAUUUUUGAAAGAAUUCUGAUAUCUUGGUAUGACUGAGACAAAUUAGACUGAUGCUGGUGGUGUUGGUGCAAAAUUACACCUGGAACCAAAAAUGACAUUUUGGGGAAUAUUCUAAUUUCUUCCUGGAUUUAUGUGGCCUCAGUUAUUACUUUUGUCUGAUAAAUUUUUGCAGUUUCCUCUUUUUUGUGUGUGUGCCAUAAAACAAUCGGACAGAAUCAGUGGCACUAAAUCUGAACAAAAAAAAUCGUGUUACUUUAUACGUUGUUAUUCCAGCAUCUCAAACAUAGUAUGGAAAUGAUUAUUGAUGUUAAAAUUGCUCAUGAAACAGCCUUUAAUGAAUAGCUUAUUUGUUUUUUAUUCUUGCAUAACUGUAUCUCUCGAACACUUGCAUUGAGUUUCCAGCUUGAAACUUUGACACAAUUUUAAAAAAGAAGAAAGGAAAAAAAAAAAAACACCCAGAAACAAUAACGGCUUAUGAUUUCACUUUUCAUCCCUACUUGUGUUGCCUUU